AUGAAGAGUUUCUUAGCACACUUCGGUGACCAGGCCUCGUGCAUGAAGGUACACACCUACUCUACCCUGGCCGAAUUUGUCCCCAUCGCAUGCAACUCGGACAGCCACGACUACCUCCGCUUCGUCGAAGGAAACAACAACCUUGACCCUGGAGUCAUAGAGGAAGCACACUGGAUCAAGGCUCCAGAGCGCAGGACCAAAGGCCAGAAGGUCGCCCAUCUCAUCCUCCGCUUCAACUCUCCACAAGCAGCUAACCGUGCUGUCCGCGAUGGUCUCAUCAUAGCCAGUAAGUCAGUCUCGGUGCGGAAGCUGAUCUGCGAGCCCCGCCGCUGCCUAAAAUGCCAGAAGAUUGCAGCCCCACACAUCGCGAAGGACUGCAAGCAGAUACAUGACACCUGCGCAAACUGUGCCUCGAUCUCACACAAGACAGCUGAGUGCGAAGUGGACCUUACAGACUUCAAGUGCUGCAAUUGCACACACGCUGGUCGUACUGUUACAGACCAUGCCGCAUGGGACCGUGACUGCCCAGUUUUCCAGGAACACUGCCACCACAUGAAGGAAUGCCAAUCAGAAUCUAGAUACCACUUCUUCCCCACUGUGGACCCAUCCUCAUGGGAGCUCAUAGGCCAGCUGCCGAUACAUGCUGCAGCCCCUCAAUAUGCUCCUGCCCCCAUACCCGCAGCUCCACCUUCUCAGAACUGGGCCAACCAAGCAGAAGACCUUUACCCUCAACCUGAUCUCUUCCCCCACCCGUCGCAGGCCCGCCGGGCCAGAGAACAUGCACAACACACUCGUAGCUCCCCACUCCCUCAUUCCCAACUCCGCCAGCCACAGAACCCAUAUGGUCAACGCCCAAACUCCCGAGGCUCUCAUGCCUCUGACAAGUUCUCUUACGACAGAGCAUCCCCCACUGGUUUCCAUGUCUAG